AUGCCUAAUACCAAAGAUGAACGUUUUAACAUUGCAAUGUAUAUGAAAGAAAGGAAAGAAGCAAGGUUUAAAGCUGUUCUAAAUCAUCGAUCGCUAGCGUUGGAGCACAAGAAAAGCGAGAGAAUUCAAGCCAAGGUAUAGAAACCUAAGCAAUGUAUUUGUUAUUCAGAUAUUAACAUUCUAUUUACUAUCAGUAAAUGUUUAACUUUGUUAUUAAUAUAAACAUUUACCUAUAUGCAGAUUGUAAAAGCAAAGGAAAAAACAGCUGCUUUGACAUCUGAUUUGGAAAACAAUAUGGUGAGUUUCUGCGACAAAUCAAAUCAUGUGGUAUAGUAGGAUUAAACCCAUUAAGCCGUAAUAUUCUAUAUUUUGUUAUUUUACUCUGUCUAAUGCCAGAUGAUUUUACUCAUCAAGGUGAAAAUAUUGGACAUUAACCCAUUAUACCCCAGCGCUCUCCCUUGACUAGGAAAAUCGUCUGGCAUUAGACAGAGUAAAAUACUAAAGUAGGGUGCAUCAGGGUGCAAUGCGACUCAAUGGGUUAACUAGACACAUGGGCAGAUAGGCCAGUUAACACAUUAAGCGCCAGCGUUUUCCCCUUGACGAGUAAAAUCGUCUGGCGUUAAACAGAGUAAAAUACUAAACUAAGGUGCAUCAGGGUGCAAUGCGACUCAAUGGGUUAACUGGUAAAUUACAGCAGCAUAUUUUGGUUCAUCUAUGCAUUUUACAAUUUACAUUAUAAUAUAGCAUUUGUAAAUUCUGAACGCUGAUUGGCUAAGAGCCAUGUUGAUAUAACUCAAUGUCAACACGAGAAAUUUUCCGCCGCUUGUAAACACGGAAUUUUUUCCUAUCCUUCGGGCUUUUGACAUUGCUAUAUUAUAAAAAAAUAUAAAACAUUUUUUCCGAGUUGAUAUAUAGUUAUAUCAACACUCGUGGAAGUUGGGAAAACUCGAAAUUGUAUGGAAACACGAUGCCUGAAGGGCGUGUCCCAAUUCCACUCGUGUUGAUAUAAAUGUAUAUCAACACGGAAAAUGUUUUAUAUUUGUUAAAUAACAGUCAACUAUUUACAUGCACAGGUAAUAUAUACUGUAAAUUUAAGUAAUGAUAUAAAAGAUUCUGGACUUUCAUGCAAGAAAUACCCCGUCAGAUAAACAAUUAUGAUUUUCGAAAACACUUUUUUCAGGUUUUUUACAAUUUUAUUAUUUAACGACAAUACCAGUACUGCUAAUAUAUUGCCUGCCUGUGCAGUUCAACUAUUUUGGCCUUGUUAUUUUGGCUCGGCAACAAUGGCUUCAAUUACCUCUAAUAUAAUUUGUUCGUGGUGGUAAGUGGGAUUUGAGAUGGGCCGUGACCAUUUGAUGAUCCUAAUUCAUUUGUAUUGUUAGCCCUGUAAUUCUGAGACAAGGACAAGAAAAGCUACGACAUUGGAGAAUGGGGUAUCAAAUAUGCCAGUUCGAACAACAACAAAAAGGAGGCGGGAAACCAUGACAGCGGUAUCAGCAAUCCAUGGUGCAUCCAAGAAGAAUUUAAACCCUGCUUAUGAUGGGAUGUUCGACACCCUCCAGAAACGAUGCAAGAUGAAAGAUUUAACAAAUUAUGUAUUAGGUAAUGAGAAUUUAACUAAAACUGUAGUUUCUGAACAUUACAAAAAAGAGUUGAAAGAUUUUGAAAAAUCAAAAGAAAAUGCGGAAAGGAGUAUUGCUACAUUUUACUCCAGUGGUGUCAUGGGCAAGAGAAAAUAUCAAAGUGUUAGGCUUGUGCUUUCAAUGACAUCAAGCGAACAAGGUGGGAGAACGGGCAUAUCAAUUUUUCCAGGCUGCAAGGUACCCAAAAUAUUAACAUAUAAUAACCUUGUGAGAGAGUUGACCAAAAUUGAUAUUGGAAAUGUUUUGGAAAUCAAUAACGAGUACCUCAGUGACUUAGAAAUAGAUGCACCCAUCAAUGGCGCAUACAGAGAUCUAAGAGAGUACUUGCCACGUUUAGCUAAGUUCUAUUUGAGUACCGAUAGAAAACAUGCUUUAGAAUGGUACGGUAAAACUGAGAGUACAUUUUUAAUAGCACUAGGAGGGGAUGGUUGCCCAUUUGGGAAACAUGAAAGUGCCUGUUCAUUUUUAGUUAGUUUCCUUAAUGUUGGUCGAAAGGUAGCAUCAACUCAUGAUAACUUUUGCAUUUUUGGGGCUAAUUGUGACGAGACCUCUCAAGUUGUAAAAAAAUAUGCGAGGUCUCUAGUUCAUCAGAUUGCUCAGUUGGACAAAAAGAUUUUCCAAAUUGAUGACUGGGUCACAAUUACCUUUAAAGUGCAAGAACUUCCUAAUGACAUGAAGAUGCUCGCCAUGCUUGCAGGGGAACUUGUCAUUAGUUCUAAGUACUUCUCUACCUUUGCCAAUGUUUGCAAAGAUGAUGCAACUGACUUGAGGCAUCUUUUGGUCCAGAACCAGGGCACAAAUGGCAGCCAUGGGAAUAUAAACAAAGG